AUGGGUAAUUGUAACAUUACUGACAAAAAAGAGUUUUCAGAAUCUUAAAGUACUUAGAUUGAUAUAUCAUAGCUCUUUCUGUCAAUAAUUUUGAGUUUAUCGAGGUUUUAGGAAAAGGGGGAUUUGGAAAGGUGUGGAAAGUGAAGAGAAGAAAAAACAAAAGUUAUUUUGCAUUGAAGAUGAUGUCGAAGGCAAAGUAUGUUACAUUAUGACUCUUAGAAUUAUUGCGAAGAAAAGUGUAACUUCGGUUAUGAAUGAAAGAGCACUUUUGUGUCAACUGAGACAUCCAUCAUUAAUAAACCUAGUUGGUGCAUUUCAAGACAGGGAGAAUUUAUACUUAGUUAUGGAUUUAUUAAGUGGAGGAGAUCUUAGAUAUCACAUUGGAAAGAAUAAAAAGUUUUCAGAAGGAGAAACGAGUAACAUCAGUUUUAAUUUAGAAUUUUUUUGUGCUUGCAUCAUAAUUGCCUUAGAGUAUCUCCACUCAUAAGGGAUAAUCCAUCGGGAUUUGAAACCUGAAAAUUUAGUAUUUGAUUCAGAAGGCUAUCUACGAUUGACUGACUUGGGCAUAGCAAGAAUAUGGAGGCCAGAUAAUUCUGCUGAUACCAGUGGAACUCCUGGAUAUAUGGCUCCGGAAGUGUUAUGCAGACAGAAUCAUGGAAUUGCAGUGGAUUAUUUCGCGUUGGGAGUAAUUGUUUACGAAUGCAUGAUGGGAAGAAGACCAUAUGUUGGAAGAACAAGACAAGAGAUAAGAGACAAUGUGUUGGCGAAACAGGUUUAGAUUAAAAAAAAUGAAGUUCCAAUCACAUGGUCUUUAGAAGCAGCGGAUUUUGCAAAUUAAGUAAGCUUUAAAACUAUGAACUCAGUUAAUUCAGAGAAAGCCAGCUCAAAGAUUAGGGUCUGACAAUCCUGAAGCAGUGAAAAAUCAUAAGUGGUUUGAUGGAUUCGAAUGGAAUAAAUUACUUAAUAGAUAAUUAUAGCCACCUUACUUACCACAGAAUUAUAGCAACUCAGAUGGGUCAACUAAGGAUACAGAGUAGGAUACUAAGGAAAACAAUAUUAUGCUUAGGCGUAAUUCGAUUCAAGGUAUUCAUUUAAGAUCUAUGAAGCAUAAUUCGAGGGAUAUAGUCAUGAUCAAAAUGAACUUAUUUCUGCUGAACUAACAAAAUUAUGA